UAUCAAGAAAAAGAGGAGGUUGUCUUAUGGAUGAACACUGUUGGACCCUACCAUAAUCGCCAAGAAACUUACAAAUACUUUUCACUUCCAUUCUGUGUGGGGUCAAAAAAAAGUAUCAGUCAUUACCAUGAAACCCUGGGAGAAGCACUCCAGGGAGUCGAAUUGGAAUUUAGUGGUCUGGAUAUUAAAUUUAAAGAUGAUGUGAUGCCAGCCACUUAUUGUGAAAUUGACUUAGAUAAAGAAAAAAGAGACGCAUUUGUAUAUGCUAUCAAAAAUCACUACUGGUACCAGAUGUACAUAGAUGACUUGCCAAUAUGGGGUAUUGUUGGUGAAGCAGAUGAAAAUGGAGAAGAUUACUAUCUUUGGACAUAUAAAAAGCUUGAAAUAGGUUUUAAUGGAAAUCGAAUUGUCGAUGUUAAUCUAACUAGUGAAGGAAAGGUGAAACUGGUUCCGAAUACUAAAAUCCAGAUGUCAUAUUCAGUGAAAUGGAAAAAGUCCGAUGUAAAAUUUGAAGAUCGAUUUGACAAGUACCUUGAUCCAUCCUUUUUUCAACACAGGAUUCAUUGGUUUUCAAUUUUCAACUCCUUCAUGAUGGUGAUCUUCUUGGUGGGCUUAGUUUCAAUGAUUUUAAUGAGAACCCUAAGAAAAGAUUAUGCCCGGUACAGUAAAGAAGAAGAAAUGGAUGACAUGGAUAGAGACCUAGGAGAUGAAUACGGAUGGAAGCAGGUGCAUGGGGACGUGUUUAGACCAUCCAGCCACCCACUGAUAUUUUCCUCUCUCAUUGGCUCUGGGUGUCAGAUAUUUGCUGUGUCUCUCAUUGUUAUCGUUGUUGCAAUGAUAGAAGAUUUAUAUACAGAGAGGGGAUCGAUGCUCAGCACAGCCAUAUUUGUCUAUGCCGCCACAUCUCCAGUGAAUGGUUAUUUUGGAGGAAGUCUGUAUGCUAGACAAGGAGGAAGGAGAUGGAUAAAGCAGAUGUUUAUCGGGGCAUUCCUUAUCCCAGCUAUGGUGUGUGGCACUGCCUUCUUCAUCAACUUCAUAGCCAUUUAUUACCAUGCUUCAAGAGCCAUUCCUUUUGGAACAAUGGUGGCUGUUUGUUGCAUCUGUUUUUUUGUUAUUCUUCCUCUCAAUCUUGUUGGUACAAUACUUGGCCGAAAUCUGUCAGGUCAGCCCAACUUUCCUUGUCGCGUCAAUGCUGUGCCUCGCCCUAUCCCGGAGAAAAAAUGGUUUAUGGAGCCUGCCGUUAUUGUCUGCCUGGGAGGAAUUUUACCUUUUGGCUCAAUCUUUAUUGAAAUGUAUUUCAUAUUCACGUCUUUCUGGGCGUAUAAGAUCUACUAUGUCUACGGCUUCAUGAUGCUGGUGCUGGUCAUCCUGUGUAUUGUGACGGUCUGCGUGACCAUCGUGUGCACGUACUUCCUCCUAAACGCAGAGGAUUACAGGUGGCAGUGGACGAGCUUCCUCUCGGCCGCGUCGACCGCCAUCUAUGUUUACAUGUACUCCUUUUACUACUAUUUUUUCAAAACCAAGAUGUACGGCUUGUUUCAGACAUCAUUUUACUUUGGAUAUAUGGCGGUCUUUAGCACAGCCUUGGGGAUAAUGUGUGGAGCGAUUGGUUAUAUGGGAACAAGUGCCUUUGUCCGAAAAAUCUAUACUAAUGUGAAAAUUGACUAGAGACCCAAGAAAACCUGGAACUUUGGAUCAAUUUCUCUUUCAUGGGGUGGAACUUGCACAGAAAAGAAGAAAAAAACAAAGCGCAAGAAGAGAUUUGGGCUUUACCACUGGGUACUUAGUGGGUCUCUCUUUUGUGGAUGACUUAAAAUAACAUCUAUUUCCAUUGAUCCUAGGUUCUUACUGACUGCUUUCUCCAACUGUUCACAGCAAAUGCUUGGAUUUUAUGCAGUAGACAUUACUACAGUACAUAGCUGAUCUUCCCCAAACUAGCUCAUUAAAGAUGAAAUAGACCAGCUCUCUUCAGUGAAGAGGACAAAUAGUUUAUUUAAAGCAUUUGUUCCAAUAAAAUACAUAGAGGGAAACUUGGAUGCUAAAAUUACACGAAUAGGAAUCUUCCUGGCACUUAGUGUUUCUAUGUUAUUGAAAAAUGAUGUUCCAGAAAGAUUACUUUCUUUUAUUUUUACUGCCAUCGUCGACCUAUUGUGGGACAUUUUUAUAUAUUGAAUCUGAAUUCUUUUUUUGACCUGUGGUUUGUUUUUUUUUUUUUCCAAUUCAACUGCAUCCUUUUUUUAAAAGAGAGAAUUAAAAAAAAGAAAUUAAACCCUGCAUGUAAUAUAUCUGCUGUCGUCGUAGCUGGACCAGCUUCCCAUUAUCUAUCUUAAAACUGUCCAGCUCUAUCUUAAUUCCAUCCAAAGAAGAUGCGGUCUGAAGAUAGAGGUGUACUUUCUGCAGUGCAAUUUACUGUACAGUUAGAAAGCGAAGUGUUAAAUGGAGAAGAUUCUUGUUUUUAUUAAACAUCUUGAGAUUUAGAUAAACUACAUUUUAACUGAAUGUCUAAA